AUGGCCGACUCAUCAAGUCAGGCACGCCAAACGCAGACUACCUCUUCCACGCUGGACCAGAGUUUCCCUCCCUCCACCACAGGACAGGCAGAUCUCGACGCAGACCUCGAAAUGGAAGACGACACCCCGCGACCCUCAGACCCAGCACGCCCAAGAUACCUCCUCCUCCACCCUCGAUCACGAACCCACAACCCAAACAGACACCCAACCCCAACAGCAAGAGCAACAGCCCAACUCCACCUCGCACGGCCCACCCCCCAGCCGGAAAGAUGCCUCGCUACGAGAAUUCCUCAGCAAGAUGGACGACUACGCUCCCAUCUGACGUCGCACUACCUGACGGUGUCGGGCCUGCCGCCGCCCAACCCCUCCGACCCGACCGGCAGCAGCACGAAUUCGACCCCGCUCCCGCUCGCGCGCCUCCUCGCCCUCGCAACCCAGAAAUUCAUCGCCGACAUCGCCGCCGACGCGUACCAGUACUCGCGCAUCCGCGCCUCCAAUACCGCCAGCAGUGCCAAUCCCAUCCUACCGGGGGGUGCUGCGCCGGGGAUAACGGCUGGAGGUGGUGUUGGUGGCGGCGAUAAAGCGGGUGGGAAGGGAGGCGGAAGCGGAGGAGGACAGGGGGGAGCGCAACUCGGUGUUGCGAGGUCCGGGUACGGAGGCGGUGGGAUGGGGGGCAGAGUGGCCAGGGGAGGACGGUCUUGA